AUGUUUAGAAAGAAGAUAUCCAAUAAUUCUUCAAAGCAUAAUCAAGAGGUUGAGAAAUCAGCUUUUGAUGAACCAUUUUGGCAAAGAUAUGUCGAUAGUUAUGGCAAAAUUGAAACGGGAGAAAAGGAUAGUAUGUCCUAUAAUACCAAAAAAUAUAACCAUAACUCUUCAGCAGUGACUGCUUUAUUAAGAUACUUUGAGGCCUUGAAGUUACCAGUGCCGUCGGUGAACGAAAUCAUUUCUUUGUUAAAGUCUCCCUUUUCUCAAGGUGAUAUAAUUAGGACUUUUCACCUAAUUCGGUUUUUCCAAUUAAGUAGCGAAGGGCUAUUCUUGACAAAUGAACCAUGUGACAAAUUGGGGUGUGCAAUCCAGUAUGUUGGGGCAGAGAAUUGGGAAAAUGUGAUGUGCUAUCUUGAUGCGUUGUUAUACUCAAUGUUCUCCAGCUUAGAGAGUUUUGAACCAAUAUUGUUCAUUUCAAACCACGAAAACACUUAUGUAAAUCAGUUAGCAGCAAUAUUGAGAGUUUAUGUCAGUUUAAUACGUUCUGGAAACUUGAUUACAACUGAUUUGACUACAAGACUUUGCGAAAUUUUAAAGAAGCUUGGGUUCCAUGAAGCAAUGUCCCACAAACAGCAGGAUUCAGCUGCAUUAUUUCAAUUUUUAACUGAUACGUUAUCAAUGCCUAUGUUAACAUUCAAAAUUGAUAUUAAACAUGGCGGAAAGCAUGAUAAAGAUGAUCAAAAGUAUUCUAAUGAAAGAAUUCUUUUCGUGAGUAUACCUGAAGAUGACGAAGAUACUAAACUGCAAGCAUCAGACACCUCUGAUUCUGAAGAUGGGAUCUUACUUGAAGAAUGUCUAGAGCAUUAUUUCAAUAAUUCAAUAAGUGUCAAGCGAGAAUUGGAACGAAGAGCUACGUUAGAAAGUUUAAGGAGAGAAAGUAACCCGGGUGGUGAAAUCUCUUAUCAACCCAAUGCAUCUGACCGCAACUUGUCCAGAGUAACUACUGAUAUUUCUAGAUCGCAACCGAUACAGGAGGACACUAGUGUGGGCGACCAAGUAAACUAUAAUUCAACUAAUGGUACAAAUAGAAGAUUUAGAUCUGAUAGUAAAAAUAGUGUUAGACAAAGUAUAAGGACUAGAUCAUCCACCCUUUCUAUAUGGUCUAUAAAUGACAAUGAUACAUCUACGUCGAAAGAGGUGAGUUUACCAGCAUGGAUGUUUUUGAGAUUAUUACCAUUUUAUACCGACAUUAAUGAAAUGCAUACCGCAGAUGGCAACAUUCAAAGUAUCGCAAAGAAUUCCAAGGAGUUUAUUAAUAGAAGACCUAUCUUACCAAUAUGUUUAAAAAGAUAUUCAUAUAAUGAUUCUAAGGCUCAAAGAUCACAAAAACGGAUUAUUAUUCCUCCUAUCAUUAAUAUUCCACGCUUUAUCGCCGAUGAUGAUGAUGAUGAUGCUGCCGGAGAUUUUAAAUUGAUUUUAGAAAGUGCGGUGUGCCAUAAAGGAACCACGAUUACACUGGGUCAUUUUAUAUCCGUAACCCGUAAGAAUACUCAAAUUCUUGAUGAGACUGAUGACGAAGCAUACAAUGCUCCCUGGUACUUGUACGAUGAUAUGAAGAAGAAAUCGAGAGUAGUUGAAAAGUCCUUUAAAGAUAUUUUUAAUACUGAAUGGCCUUACAUGCUAUUUUAUAGAUUAGUUUCCAAUGAUGAUUCCAAUAACAAUGCAAGCAGCUUAGACGGAGGCAGCAUACGCUCUAGAAACCUUAAUGAGAAUAUCAAAAAAAUUGUUGUACCUCAAGGUGCAAAAGGUCAAUGGUUAGACCAUACAAAUUUACUGCCGAUCAUUUCUGCCACGCCGUCUUCUGAUGAUAUUGCAUUAUCGUCAAGGAAACAAAGUGUUAUAAGUUCUACUUCAAGUACGCCUAUGCCAGAUAUAGCGCCAACUGAUCCAAGGUUUGUGGAUAUUAGAGAUAAAUAUUUUUGGUAUGUUACUGACAAAGAUAAGAAUUAUUAUAAAGAAGAAUGUAUUCAAUCGCAAAAUAGUCAGAAAACAUCUGUGAGCUUGAGUCCCUAUUAUCGCCGAAAUAGUCAAUGGAGUGACACAUCUAAUAUUAGUAGCAUAAAUCCAUUACCGAAUAAAAUAGAAGCUUCAUCUGAAAUUAAUAAUGUGGUGGAUGACAUGAAUAGAUUAACUUUGACUUCAACAGGUAAUUCUGGAAAUAAUUCUUAUUGGAAAAAAUCAAAGAAAUCAAAAACCGAAGAUAAGGAUAUUUCUGAAAAGAAAACGCCUGCUGCUUCUAUUAACUUUGAUGAUACAUCAAGCAAAUCUUCAUUGAAAUCUAACCCAACUCCCGGCGAAAGUAAUCAUAAGCAUCAUUUGCGGCCGUAUUUACUGCAACGCUAUGACUCUUCUGGUGAUGUUAGUGAUGGAGAUGAAUACAGGAAAUCAAGACUAUUUGGUAAAAAACAUAAAAGAAAGAGAGAUGAAUACAAGAAGGAAAAAUGUAUAAUAAUGUAG